AUGACACAAAAAUCCGGACGCGUCCUAUGCUUUCCCAACAGCCUGCGUAUCUACCUACGGAGCUCACCCAUCAUCUGCGCUGCCGAUACGCUAGACGUAAUAACGCAGAUUGUCGUCGCACUUUGCCAACGAACAGGGCGUUCUCAAGCAGCACAAGUAAUCGUAGUAUGGAAGUUUGCAGACAACAACGAGAAAGAGAAAGCAGCCCUUCAGAAACUCAAGGACAAUUUGUUGUUGCGGUUUUUAUUAUUCGUCUUCGGAGUUCUACUGCCAACCGUAAAAGUGUUCGGUAUGCGCGGUGUUCCGUGGACACAGGCCUGGGCGGGAAUGUACUUCGCUUCAUACGUGGUCACGGAAGCGCUGCUCCUCCUACAGGGAUGGUAUGGAUCAGUUCCAGCCCAGUCGCCAGGCAGUGGCCAGUUACCACAAACUACAGGCCUGGUGAUCGGGUUCCUCGCGAGUUUCGGACAGGUGGCUCUAUCCUUUUGGGAGUGUUUUCGGCUGAUAAAGUACUCACACUCAAGAUACCCAAGCGUUAAGACACUCGUUCUUGUAAUCUCAUUUUUUAUGUGGUUUUUAUUAUUUAUCAGACUCCGCCUUAUGGUCAUGGCUCAUAAGUUACGACGAUGGACGACGCUAUGCGGGCUUACCUUCUUGAUUGAUGGUUUUGCUAUAUUUGGCUCGGGAAUGUUGCCGUUUCCUAGUGUUUACUUUAUGGCGGUCACUUGGUUCUUGGUUCCAUUUAUCUUGCUUACAGCUGUGGCAGAGUUUCUAGCAGGCUUUACUACUAUCCGCAAGACGUUGUUGUUACUUGAGAAGGCUUCUGAAGAUGAAGGAUUUCAAGUUUUGGUCAGACUCCACGCCGCAGUCACUGCCUUCUUUUUCUUCACAAUAGGGUUGUCUAUUCUUUGGUUUCGCUUCUGCUACGAUCCAACUAGAACUUUAAAGCCUGGUUGGACAAACAAACUUGGAUAA